UUUAACUUGAUUUUGCGUAAUGAGGUCCUAAAGCUGUCUAAUGGUUCUUCACAGGUUUACUAUGCCACCAAGUUUGACAUUGAAAAACUUUGAAAAUUUGGAUCUUGGAAAGAUUGAUGAGACCAAUGAUUCUGGAUUAGCAUCAUAUGUUGCUGGACUAUUUGCCCGCUCUCUCAGCUGGAAGUGGGCGGUAAAGGAUCGGAAAUGGUAUACCCAACAACAACUUGACGAGGUGCGCAUUGAAGUAGCCGACUACUUACAGACUGCUGUAGAUUCUGACCAGUUUCUUGAUUUUGAGUUAGACUAGCUUUUGAUUAACUUUUGUGUAGCAAUUAUGAACAAAAAUGAAUACUAAUUGCUAGGCUAGCCUUGUAGUAGGUGAGUUGGGGUUUUAUUUUGCCCAUUUUGUAAACUGUUUAGGAUGUGAUUUUAGAUAAAA